AUGUUUAAAUGCGAACAGUGUCCGUCGGUUUUCGCCGUGAAACGUAAUUUAGUCGCGCAUCAAAAUAAGCAUGCAGGUGUACGUUUUCCGUGCACUGCUUGCCCAUUAACAUUCUCCUACAAAACCGGCCUCAACAAACAUACGAAGAAUAUUCAUGGUAUCGUAAAUGUUCCGGCUCGUUUGAGACCAAUGACCGCUGCGCCGAUCACCGCUCAACCAGUUCCAGCUCAACAGGUCCAGAUUGCGCCGCAAAUAUUUGUACCUGAUGCCCCGGCCGGUGGCUCCAACAUGUUAACCGAAGACGAAAUAUGUAUGAACGCAAUGGAUGAAUUUGAGGAUACAGGUUAG